GCAGUGAAAGUAAAAAGUUCAGCCGAAAAUAUUUCGCAUUAGUGUAUUUUGGGAAGCUUUAACUUUCUUUAAAAGAAGUUAAUUCGUCAAAGUGAUUGGCCGCAAUUGUUUUUUCUGCUGCCCCAGUAAAUAGUGAAUUGAAUCAGCAGUAAAUUUUGAACUUUUCGCUAGUGUACGGCAAUACCCGAAAGCUUGAUAGACGGAGGCUCCAUUUUUGCUGCCGUCAGUUUGGUGAAAAAUAUAUUGCAAACAUGGAGGAUUAAUUGAUCCGGAUACGCAGUGUGAAAAUAUAGUGUGUGCAAUGUACGAUUUAUAUAAUCGUAUUUGAAUUAAAAGCAUUCAGUGAUUCGAUUUCGUGAAAUGUUUUACAACUGAAUGACCAAGAUCGACCGGGCUGGAUAGUUCUCCAAGAGAAAAUUGAAUCAGGAUGUCGGUCCAUUAUAAAUUUAAAAGUGCACUCGAUUUCGACACCAUCAGCUUCGAUGGGUUACAUAUAUCGGUGGCAGACCUUAAAAAGGCCAUUAUUCAUCAGAAGAGGCUAGGAAAAACAAUGGACUUUGAUUUACAGAUUACCAAUGCACAAACAAAAGAAGAAUAUAGCGAUGAUACGUCCUUAAUACCAAAAAACACUUCACUAACCAUUGCGCGGGUUCCACUGAAGAAUGCACCGAAGAAAAAUUGGGAACCAAAGGGGGACAAUAACGUACAACCGGUAUCAGCUAGGAAGGGUCACGACAGCAGCACGGCCGUGCAAUCCAAUGUCGACUUAUCCACGAUGAACGGAACUGAGGAGGAUAAAAUUCGGGAAAUGAUCUUUCAAAGCACAGCGGAAUAUGAUCCUACCAAUUAUCAGAAAAUUCGUGGUGCAUCGCAAACAGGCGAAGUGCCCAUCAACUACAAGUGUUAUCGGUGUAACAAACCAGGGCAUUGGAUUAAGAAUUGUCCCUUACCUGUGCCGAAAGAACCCAUGGAGAUGAAACGUACUUCCGGUAUCCCGCGCUCAUUCAUCGAGCGGGAUAAAGAUCCGGAAAAUAAUCCGAUUAUUCAGCUACCCCAGGUGCUCCCGGAAGAAAAACAGGUUAUUCCGGAAGACUUGAUUUGCGGAAUUUGCAAGGAUCUGUUUACCGAUGCGGUAAUGAUACCAUGCUGCGGCAGUUCAUUUUGCGACGAGUGCGUCCGCACUGCUCUGCUGGAAUCGGAAGAUAACGAAUGCCCGGACUGUAAGGAGAAAGGUUCGUCUCCUGGUUCAUUGAUACCUAAUAGAUUUCUGCGCAACUCAGUGAAUGCGUUUCGCAACGAGACUGGUUACAUCAAAACGGCUCGGCAAACUGCUUCGAAUAAACAAGCAAAACCUACUGAAGAACCGCAAACGGCGGCUGCAGUAGAAGCAACUCCGGUUAUUUCUUCUACUAACAUUACUUCAUCAACAACUAAUUCCAACGAAGUAGAGGAGGGUACGGUGCCAACUAAGGCAGAUGCUGACACUGAAAAACAACCGGAAUCCUCAGACCAUUGUGACUUACAGGAAAGCUACGAGGAGGUAUCUCAGCAUGGAGAUAUAGGAUCGCCAGCAGAUGACAAAGCUUUUGACAAUGAGUCAGACUACGAAGACAACAUAACGGUGACUGUACCGCCAGCCCAUCUUCAGGGGCGUGGUGCAUAUCUGGAACACUAUAAUGGACGUCCACCACAUCAUUAUCGAUACGACACACCACCGGCUGGUCAUGAACACCCAUCGCAUUACAAUAGUGGCAACAGUACUGGACGCGGUCGGAACAAUGACGAGCCAAUUGCCGAGGAAGGUGAUUCGCAUACACCGAAAAUAGAUGACGCUGAAAGCAGUUACAACGCUAUUCCAGCACAGAAUACAAAGCACGAGUAUGACACUCGUUCGCCGGAUUAUCAUCAACCAAGCGGUCGGAAUUCGAUGCCGAUACCACCACAUAAUCAUCAUCCACAUCAGCCACCGAUGGGUGGCGGUCCACCCCAUCAAGGAUAUAUGCCUCAGCCGCAUCAUGCAUAUCCUGGUCCGCCACAUACGGGUCCGCAUCCAUACCCGGUAGGCUAUGGAAUGCAGCACGGCUAUCCUCCACAACGGCCAUAUGAACAUCACGGGGGAAUGUAUCAUGGUGAGCGACCAAGAAUGAUGUAUCCACCUCGAGGUGGAUAUGCUCCACAUCCGCCACACAUGAGACCACGUCAUAUGGCACCAAUGGCUCCAGCAGGAUACCCUGCCGUUCCGAAUGUUGGUCCGGGCAUUAUUGAUGAUCCAUUGGAAGCAUUUAAUCGCAUUAUGCGCGAAAAAGAACGUCGCAAAGAACAGGAAGCAAAGCAAGCAAAUCGUCACCGAUCGCCCCAUGCGGCUGAUCGAAAUCGCCGCUCCAGAUCGUUUGACAAUGCCUCCGGUAAUCGGCGCGGCCGUUCGAGUGAACGCGGUCGGCAUAGAUCACCUAGGGCACGCACACCGGAACGACGUCGUUCACCGGAUGAAAAGCACGAUGAAGAACGGGACCGGGAUCGUGACCGGGAGCGAGACAGGGACCGGGGCCGUGAUCGCGAGCGAGAUCGUGAUCGAGAACGCGGCACUAGGCGUCGAAACCGUUCCAGCUCGUAUAGCUCCAGCGGAUCUAGAUCCUAUUCACGUUCUCCUGCAACCAAGAAAGGCAAAUCACCGAAAAAACGCUCUCGCAGUCCUUACCGAGAGCGUCGCUCUAGAAGCCGGUCCAAAUCGUUUGAGGAAAGAAGACACGGAAAGUAUAGUAAAGAUCGACGCGAAGACCGCCGUGAAGAACAUCGUGGUGAAUAUCGCGAUAAUAGAGAGAGAUCGCCCAAUUUCAAUUAUUCUGGUUACCGUGGCCGCGGAGGAGGCUUUCGCGGUGGGCUGCGUGGCCGUGGCGGUAAUCGCGAUGGUGGUUACCAACAGCACUACGGACGAGGGUAUGACCGUGGCCAUGGACAGAUGCAGGCCAGCCAACACGACCAGUACGGUCACCAGAUGGUACCGGGUCCGGGCGAUUACCACCACCACGAUCCGACGCAUCAUCUCGGAGUGCCACCGGGAGUGGUCCCGGGUGGUAUGUCACAUGGAGUGCCACCGGCUGGCCAUUAUGCGGCUCCACCACAGCCGCCAAUGCAGCAAACCGGAGCUGGUCCCAACAGAUAUCAACCUCGAGAAACUGUCCGUGGACCUUAUAUGAGCCACCCAGUUAAAUCAGAUCCGAUGGCAUACUAUGACCAGCAGCCACAAGCGCCGAUUCCGGUGCAGCAAUCUGCUCCAGUGCACUCGGAACCACCACCGCCUGGAUUCGAAGAGCAAGACAGUUGGUCUGGAAAGCAGGAUGCCGAAUACCGCGCCCCAGAUGCUGUCACACCAGUUAUACCCACUGAAGAUUAUCACAAUACUCCAAAAAGCCACGAGCAAGAGCGUGCCCUUACGCCGGUGAUUCAUGAUGAUCGUCACGAACACAUGACCCGGUCUGUUUCCAAAGAGAAAGAUCACAAGAAAAGAAACCGGGAUGAUGUCGAUGAACAUUAUCGCCGGGAAGAGCGAAAGUUGCGCUCUUCAACACCGGAUCGUCAUAGUAAAGAGAAAUUGUUGAAACGGGUUCAAGAGCAUGAUCGAGAGAAAGAAAAAGAAAAGGAUAAGGAGAAGAAAAAGAGUGACUCGAUUAGAGAAAAAAGGUUGGAGAAGGAGAAGGAAGCGGAUCGUGAAAAGGAAAAAGAGAAGGCAAAGGAGCGUGAAAAAGAAUCGAAACGAAAGCAGAGGGAUUCCAGCGAAGAUGAGAAGAAGGAAAAGAAAAAGGAUAAAGAGAAAAAGAAACGAAAAAAAGAGAAAGAAGCCGAAAGGAAAAAACAUAAAAAAGAACGCAAGGAGAAAGAAAAACGAGCGAAGGAAAGCAAAAAAGAGCGGAAGACUGUUGAAAAAGAAGAAGCCGAUAGUUCUCUACAACCGGCUACACCGAAACAUAUUCCUAGGAUGGAUAGUGCAGAUUUCGACGAACUUCUCGGUAAAAGGCAGGAAGAGGUUGAUACCACCCAGGAGUUUAACAGUCGCGAUUUCGAUGACACGAUUUUAAUUCCCAACCGUUCACAGGAUCUUGUUGUUACCGAUCGUUCACAUCAAGAUCACUCUUAUCUGGAGGAACCGUCCAGCAGUCAUCAACAUCAAGAUCAAGAACAGUAUCAACAAAUUGAUACAAGUCAUGAACACAGCGAUUUGUACUCCGAUAUACCAGACAAAUAUGAGGGUGAUCAAUUAGAAAAGUCCAUUUUGCAAGGUCUUGCUCCUGAUGAGGAAACAGAUGUGGUAAAUAGCAGUGGAGUUGGAGUCGAUGAUCAUCUGCAGGAGGAAAUAAAGCGGUCAGACUCGAUUUUGGAUCUGCACGCAAAUGUGGAUUUCGAAGGAGAAUUAGAAGAUGGAGAAACCACUUCUCCUCCUAAAUCGAGUAUGUUCAUUGGCAUUCCGGAACUGUCCAAGUGGGAGCUAGAUGAAGACGCUCCGGUUAUUACGAGCUCCGAGCGUAAACCAUCGACGGAGGAGCACAUCAGUAUCAGUGUGCAACUGGAUGAAUCUACCACUAAGGUAACGAAUGAGGUGUUGAAACGAGCGGAAAAUGCCAUCUUCACUCGGGCUAUCAACGCAAUUCGGCCGAUUGAAAUCAAAAAAAUCAGUCUCGAUCGGCAGAAGUUAUACUCGAACGAUCCACUGGACAUUGAUGGGCCGAACUUGGACGUCAGUGUCGAGAAGCAGCAAGAAGAACUGAAGCGAUUCCAGGUUACCGUUCCCACCAAUGACAAUAACGCGGAACGAUCGGUAGAAAUUAAACCGGAUGUAGCUAAAACCGAAAGCAGCCGUGCGUCUCCGGUGCGUGCUUCGAUCAAAGAACGGUUGGGUAGCAAGAUAACGGAAGUCCGCGAAAGCAGUUCCAGCUCUUAUUCGCAUUCACGGACUCCACCACCGGUGCGUAAGGUUAAGGCCACCACCUCUUCAUUGCAGCUGCUAGAACCACCGAAAAAACGAUCUCGUACUAAAUCCCCGGAACAUGAAAUUGUUGCUGCUGGUCGAAAGGCUCGUGGCGAACGUGAUAGUCGUCGUCGCGAAGAUAUACGAAUUAGUAGCAGUAGCAGGCGACAGGACAGUGCCAGACGGGUGGUGGUUGCCGUUCGGGAACCUAGCACAGAUAGACGUAAGGAUUUGGACAAGAAAGAAAGAGUUGACAGAGAAGCCGGUCGCGUAAAAGAACGUGUAAAUAAAGACGUUGGCGAUAGAAAUCGUGAUCGCAUUGUUCGACGAAGCAAGGAGAGGAGUCGUGAACAAACAAGACAAGAAAGAAUACAGAGUUCUCCAGUAAGACGAGAUCGGGAAAGAGAUCGCCAACGAGAACGCGAAAGGGAACGCGAGAAGGAAGUGCGAAGAGACCGCAAGCAAAGUGAUGACCGUAUUCGGAAAAUUGACAGUCAUAUGAGAAAGAGUGCAGACAAAUCGAGUGCUCACACUCAUAAGGAUGACAAGAGAGCACUCGAGCGGAAACGGAUGGACUUUGAAUCGGAAAGACGUAAUCGUGAAUUUUCUCUUGCCGAAAAAAAUCGUCGGGUAGAAUCUACUAGCAGAAAGGAGGAAAAUCGUAAGCGUGUAGACGACAAACCAGAGAAACAAUCGGAAGCAUUAACAAAGCCUGUCAAGCUUGAAAAAAUAAUGAAAGCACCACGGCCGGGGGUCACUUCUAGUGAUUCCAGCAGUUCAGAUUCCGAAUCAUCUUCUUCGGAUACGAGCAGCGAUUCAGAUGAAGAGUCGACGAAGAAACGCAAAAAGCGCAAGCAUAAGAAGGACCGCAAGCGCAGCAAACGGUCCGCUUCCAGUGACUCUGAUGGUUCGGCUGGCAAGAAAAAGAAAAAGAGCAAAAAAUCUAAAUCUAGCAAGAAAAAGAAGAAGGAGAGAAAGCAUCGCAAAGAAUGAAAGUAUAAUGAUGCAAUGCAAGAAAUCAGGAGGGACAGUAUUCGAACAAAAAUAAAUUGUUUGAAGCAUAUUUUGUUGUACAGCAGAGAUGCACUCGGCUGGAACUUUCUUCCCGGGAACGAAUAAUUUCCGCCGAGCGUAUUCUCUGAUUUAUCAAAUCUAAUUUUGCAGCCUAUGCAGCGGAAGAAUUAACAUACCCAACUACAGUGUUUAGGAGUGACAAACCAAUACCCGGGGCCGGGUGGCCCAUUUAAACUAAACGCAAAACCUAAGUUUUUUUAAAUUUCCUAUAGGCUUGUCCAUGGUACAUGAUGCUCUGUAAAUGGUUAUGUUACAUUUAAAAUAUGGCAACAAUAA